AAUUGUAUGUGAGAACAAUGUUAGGGUAAUCAAUUACCUUUAAUUCACAGUAGUUUCUAAUAUGAAAUCAGUUUAAAACUACUUUGUUAAAAAUGAAAAGUGGAGAUAGUCGUAAAGAUUUCAUUUUAGCAAAUGUGCGCGAUUUUUUUGCGAGUGAUCUAUCAGAUUCCAAUAUUUCUCGUUUACUUCACGCCGCUGCAUUGGAUACCUUUCUUGAUAACAAAAACUGCUUUGUUUUGAGUGCUUAUAUUGAUGGAUCUGGUGAAAAAAAAGAGAUUGUUUUAUGCAGCAAGGUAGAACCAAAAGGCUCACAAGACAGGAUUCUGGUUUUUUUCAAAAGAAGUCCAGAAAUUGUUACACCAGAUAAUCUUCUUUCUAAUUUAUUCAUUUCUUCUAUGGUUGAUUCUCCAAUAAGUUCUUUUUACCAUACUGUAAGAAAGGUGUUUGCCCCUCUUUUAUUAGAAGAUGAAAGAUGGAGUAAACAAGUAGAUCCAAAGUUACAGCGUUUAUUAGGCCAUCUGGAAUCAGGAUUGGCUGCUUCUCUCAGAUCUAGUGAUGCAUCAAUUGAUAAAGCCCCAAAUCCUGAUGCUCUUUCAAUUAUUUUUUCACCAUUGGAUGAAUACAACUAUUGGAAAGAGAUGGAGAAUAAUUUGCCUACCCAUCAGCAACAAAACAGAGCUAAAUUUUUUAGUAACUUGAUGACACCUUUUCAAACGUCAUUUGGAGCUCUUGAACGGAAAUCCUUCAGUGAAUUUAAAGAUUCCUUGGAAGUAUCACUUAACAUAUUAGAUGACCUUUGGAGGCAGGAUGAACAUUCUCCAGGAUUUCCAACAGAUAGAAUGGCAAACUUAAUGGAUAUCAUUGGGAAUAGUACAGUUAAUUUCAUUCAAAUCAAAAUACAAGAUGUAGAUAUAUGGAUGGGAAAAUUUUCAUUAAUUGAAGACUAUUUACUGCAGAGUAUUGAUGUGUGUGAAACAUGGAUUGAUGCAUGUCAAAAAUUAACUGCUCUUUUAUGGCCUAAUUACUCUUAUCCAUGGAAAAAAGGUGUUUUCGUACCAUCUUAUUUACUUAAUUUUUGCAAAAGAUUAAAUGAGCUUCUUGUUCUGAGAAGUGUUCAUAGUCAAGUGAACAAUCUCUUAAAUCUUGAAGAAAAGUCUUCAUUGGGUAUUGAGAGAGCCCUAAAACCUUUGACUGCAUUAAAUCCUUUAAAUUACAAUCCAUAUACUGAUGUUUUGUGGCAGGCUUCUGUAGCACAGUAUGAGCAGAAUAUGAUACCAGCUAAAAAAAAAGUUGCAGCUAAAUUGCGAGAUCAGUUGCGUUCCUCUCGAGCCAAUCCUUUGCAGUUAACUCAGGAGUUUAAAAGAUAUGAACAUCUUAUUAAACAGCCUGGCAUCAGAGAAGAAUUAACAGCUGAAAGAGAACUUUUUCUUGGCCAACUAAUGGAAUACAUGAAGACUGUGCAGAAGGAUUUUUUAAUGUGCUCUGCAGGAGAAAAAGAAAUGCCCUCUUCGAAUCUUGUUCCAGAACUAAUUAACAAUAUUACAUGGAUAAAGCAGUUAAACAGCAAAGUAAAAGAAAUUGCAAAAGUAAGCAAGUCUCUUCUUGAUGAUCUAGAUGGUUAUCAAAACUUAGAUAGGGAUAUAAAAAAUAUUCUUGAUGAUUUUCAUACAUAUGACAAAGAGAAAUUUGACAAUUGGUCCCAAGAACUGAUUGAUGGAUUACAAACAAGAACCCUUGGGUUAGAUACAGGAAGACCAGUUAUUUCUUUAGAUGCAAAAGGACAGCCUCAAGUCAGUUACAGUUCACGCCUUGUCACUUUGAUGCGGGAAGUGAGACAGUUGAGAGUUCUUGGUUAUAGUAUCCCUAAUAAAAUUUUGGAUUUGGAAGAAAAGGCCAAGAAACAUUAUUCACAAGCAAAAACACUUCAGCAGAUUGUGAAUUUUUAUAAAACUAUAGCAGAUCAUAUGAUUUUAAGCCAACAACCAUUAAUGCUAGAAGCAGCCAGAGCCUUCACGAGAGUUGUUGAUGAAAAAAAUGCAGUGACAUGGAAUGACGAAGCAAGCCUAGAUGCCUACAUCAGCAGGUUACAGCAGUCUGUAGAGCGACUGUCCAAAGAAAAUAGAAUGCUUCGGAAACAACAUUUUGUUGUUGCAGAAAUGGUUCUGAAGCUCAUGAAUACAGAUCUUUUGAGAUUGCAACAGCGAUGGAAAGACUCUCUAACAGAAAUUCGGAGUAUUUUUGUAAAGCUUCAAGAACAGGGAUUUUCAGUUGAGAAUAUGAGACCAUGGCGAGCUCAUUGGGACCGUCAGUUGUAUAAAGCUUUGGAAUACCAAUAUGAACUUGGAUUAGAAGUUCUGAAUGAACAUUUACCUGAAAUGAAAAUAGAUUUAAUCUAUCGGAAUGGAUGUUUGCAGUUUCGACCUCCUAUUGAAGAAGUUCGGGCAAAAUAUUACAACCAAAUGAAAAAGUUUAUUUCUAUUCCUAUAUUAUUUAAAGGAGUGAAUGAUGUUCAAGAUAACUUAAUUUUCCCUAUCAUUUUAGACAGGAAUGCACAUAGCUUUCUUGAUCUGUAUAAGAAAACAGAAGCUUUAUUUGAACGUGUUGAAGAUGCAAAGCAUAAAUUUCAAAACUGGGUUGUUUUCGGUUCUGUGAAUUUGGAGGAAUUUAUCUUUCAACAUUGCAAAACAGCAGAAGAUUGGAAAAGAAACUUCAAAGCAAUUAAAGCUAAAAGUCAAGAAUUUAGUAAAAUCUCUUUGGAUGAGGAGAAAUUUGACUGUAUAGUGGUGAGUUAUGCCCCAACAAAAGCAUAUGUGGAUUAUUUGAUAUCAGAAUUGGAAAAUACAAUGAUAAGGUGCUUACAGAAGUCUAUUGCAACAUCAAUAUCUUCUAUACAAGAAUUUUUAAAUGAGGCUACUGAAAUGCUAACAAAGCAUCCUCAGUCCAUUGAAGAUAUUGCUCUUGUUAAAGGAAAAUAUGAGGAAUUUUUACAAAGGAGAGAACUUGUGUUGGCUGAAUGUAAGGAAUUGGAAGCAAAAAAUGAUUUUCUUGGUAAAUGGUCAAAGCAUUCCGUUUUUGAUCUUGGAGGAAUAAAAAUACUUUGGGAAACUUUUGAGCAUACAUUAUCUGAUCAUCAAGAUAUUGUGGAACAGCAAAUGCAAAUUCUUAAAGAAAGAGUUUCAGGACAAUUAAAAAGUUAUCAGCAAGAAGAAGAACGUUUUUAUGCACGUUGGCAUCAGUUAAAACCUCGAAGUGAUUUAGAAAUAGAAGACCCCCAACAAAUUCAAGACAUUGUCAAGUUUUUGAAAGAGAAGCGCAUUGAAUUUGAUGCAUUAACUGAAUCCAAUAGGAAGCUUUUAGCUGAUAUUCAUCACUUUGGUUUACCUGAACCAAAUUUUCUUCUUGAAGAGUUGAAAACAGAUAUUGAAAAAACUGAAGAAGUAUGGUUAUUAUUUGACCAAUUCCAUAAUGAUUUACAACAGUUUGCUAAAGAGGAAUGGAUAGUAUUUAGAAAUAAAAUUCAUCUGUUUGAAUCUUUCCUGAAUGAUUGGAUGUCAAAACUAAGAGGAGAUGAUGGGCCAAGUGAUAACACUGCUGUGUCAUUACGUUUACAUCAAGAUCUUAAUGAUUACUUGGAUGUUCUUCCAUUAUUAAGAUACUGCCGUGGUGACACUUUCUCUACUCAACACUGGGGAGAACUUUUCAGAAUACUAGAUAUUCCUGCUGUGUCUGUUGAUCAAUUAGAAUUUGGACAUUUUCUUAAAGCUAGAACUGCUGUUAAAAAAAGUGCUGAAGCUUUAAAAGAUUUAAAUGACAGAGCCCAAGGAGAAGUGACAAUAAGAGAGGCUUUAAAUGAGUUAGAUCUUUGGGGAGCUAAAGCACGAUUUUCUCUCACAGAACAUCAAGAUUCAUCUGGAAUCACCAUCAUGCUUAUUAAGGAAUGGAAAGAUGUCUUGAAUAAGGUUGGAGAGAAUCAAUGCCUUCUUCAGUCCCUUAAAGAUACUGCCUUUUAUGAACACUUUAAAGAUCGUGCCUCUAUCUGGGACUCAAGAUUAACUCUUUUAGAUCAUUCACUUCAUCAAUUGAAUCUCAUUCAAAGGAAAUGGGUGUAUUUAGAACCUAUAUUUGGACGUGGCUCCUUGCCAUCAGAAAAAACUCGCUUUCUUGCUAUCUGCAAAGAAUUCAGAUUUGUGAUGAAUAGUAUUGCUCAAGAUGAUCGUGUGAUCUCAUUAAUAUCAAUUUCAGGAUUGCCUAACAUCUUGGAUAAUCUUAAAGAUCAACUUAUUCGUUGCCAAAAAGCUCUGAAUAAAUUUCUAGAAGAAAAACGAUCCAUGUUUCCUCGUUUCUAUUUUUUGGGGGAUGAAGACCUACUUGAAAUUCUUGGCCAAUCUACAAAAGCUAUUGUAAUUCAAUCCCAUUUGAAGAAAUUGUUUGCUGGUAUCCAUCAUGUUCUGUUUGAUGACAGUAUGACAAGCAUUAUUGCUAUGGUAUCUGUAGAAAAUGAAGCUGUAAAUUUGCGGAAACCUGUUCUAGUCACAUCUGAAAUUGAGGUAUGGUUAAAGGAACUGGCUGAUGAGAUGAGAAAUACUUUGCAGACUAUAUUGCUACAAUGUUUAGACUUAAGUAAAAGAGGUGGAGAACAAAAUAUAAAUCCACUUGAAUUUCCAACUCAAGUAUUGUGUUUAAGUGAACAAAUCUUAUUCACUGAAAGGUGUGAAGAAGCUAUAUCUCAAAAUUCUCUUUCAAUGUUUUUGAAAGAACUAAAAACUCAGCUGGAUUCCUAUACGGAUAUGAAUAUGUCAUCUAAUGCAAUGCCAUUACUGCGUCUCAAAUUGAAGGCCCUGAUUCUAGACACAAUUUACAAUAUCAGCAUCAUUGAUGAACUUAUUGAAGAGAAAGUAAGAAAUAAAGAAGACUGGUCUUGGCAAAAACGACUAAGAUUUUAUGUAAACAGCAAAGGUAUAGUUGUUUGCAGAAUGGUGGAUGCUGAGUUUGAAUACAGUUAUGAAUAUCAAGGAAUUGCUGCAAAGUUAGUUCAUACACCAUUAACAGAUAAAUGUUAUCUUACGUUAACACAAGGUAUGCACAUGGGAAUGGGAGGUAAUCCAUACGGGCCAGCAGGCACCGGCAAAACUGAAUCUGUGAAAGCACUAGGUUCUUUAUUUGGACGACAAGUUUUAGUUUUCAACUGUGAUGAAGGCAUUGAUGUAAAAUCAAUGAGUCGGAUUUUUGUUGGAUUGGCAAAGUGUGGAGCUUGGGGAUGUUUUGAUGAAUUUAAUCGCCUGGAAGAAUCUGUGCUUUCAGCUUUAUCCGUGCAGAUACAGAUUAUUCAAACUGCAUUAAAGGUGAAAACAAAAGAAAUUGAAUUGGAUGGAAAAAAGGUAGAGAUUGAUUUUAAUGCUGGUAUUUUUAUAACAAUGAACCCUGCUGGAAAGAAAUAUGGUGGUAGACAAAAACUUCCUGAUAAUUUAAAACAGUUAUUCCGUCCUGUUGCUAUGACUUCACCUGAUAAUGAUCUCAUUGCUGAAGUACUUUUAUUCUCUGAAGGAUAUAAACAUUCUAAAGAAUUAGGUCGUAAAGUUGUAGCUAUAUUUUGCUUAGCUAGGGAACUUUUAUCUCAACAGCAGCAUUAUGACUGGGGUCUUAGAGCACUAAAGACUGUUCUUCAGAGCUGUGGAGAACAGCUGCAAGCAGCAAAACAUAAUUCCGCUUCAAAAGGUGAAAUGGAUAUAUCAUUUGAAAAUGAAUUAGUUGUACAAGCACUUCGGACUAAUACUUUGUCUAAACUAACAUAUGCUGACUGCCAUAGGUUUGAUUCGCUUAUUCAUGAUCUUUUCCCGGAUACUAAGUUUAAAGGCAUUGAUUAUGAAAAAUUAGCCCAAGCAGCUAAAGAAGUUAUGUCUCAGAUGAAACUUGUACAAUCUGAGAACCAAAUAAAAAAGGUACUAGAACUUCAAGAACAACUGCAGCAGAGAAUGGGUGUUGUAAUUGUUGGCCCAAGUGGAUCAGGAAAAUCAACACUUUGGAAGAUACUAAUGAAGUCUCUUCUUCACCUUGGACAGCAGAUUAAAUGUUACAUUGUGAAUCCAAAAUCAAUCCCAAAACCACAGCUAUUGGGCUAUAUUGAUUUGGAUACUAGAGAAUGGCAUGAUGGUGUAUUGACAUUUAGUUCAAGACAGGUUAUUAAAGAGCCAGAGGAUGUGUUUUCAUGGAUUAUCUGUGAUGGGGAUAUUGAUCCCGAAUGGAUUGAAUCUUUGAAUUCAGUAUUAGAUGACAAUAGAUUAUUGACUAUGCCUUCAGGAGAGCGCAUUCGCUUUGGAUCAAAUGUUAACUUCUUGUUUGAAAGCCAUGACCUCAGUUGUGCUUCCCCUGCAACGAUAUCAAGAAUGGGCAUUAUUUUCCUGAGCAAUGAAGAUGUUAACAUCAAAUCUUUAGUAAUCUCAUGGCUUGAAGAACAAGAUGAGGAUAAUAGAUUGACAUUGCAAAUGUUUAUUGAUGAUCAUUUUUAUAAAGCAUUAGACUGGGUUUUAAAACAGAAUGACUUUGUUUUGGAAACAUCUGUGGUGGGCACAGUUAAGACUGCACUUUCUCAUCUGAAAGGUACAAAAAAUAUUUCUCAGUUUGCAAUUAAUUUAACUAGAGGACUGGGAAGUAAUUUGAAGAAAACUACUAAAGAAGCUUUAAUGAGAGAGAUCUUUGCUUGGACCAAUCUUGUCUUCCCAGAUCCUAAUGUUCCUUUAAAUACAUAUUAUAAUGAAAGAACUAGUAGAUUAGAUUCAUAUCAAAUGCAGGAUGAUGAAAUCGCGAAUUUGGAAUAUGAAGAGAAUAAUUUAUUACCUAUUAUUCAAACUGAAGAUUGUUUGAGAACUAUUGAUUAUCUUUCACCAUGGCUUUUGAGUGAACAAAAGCAACCUUUUCUUCUCGUUGGACCUGAUGGAUGUGGCAAAAGCACCCUUCUUCGUAAUUGCUUGCUAAAAAAUUCAUCCAUUGCAUCAGCUAUGGUUCAUUGUAAUGCCCAAACUAAACCGCAUCAUGUACUACAGAAGUUGAUGUCUGUCUGUACAAUAAUAGGAGCACAAAGUGGGCGAGUACUCCGUCCUAAAGAACAUGAAUAUAUUGUCCUUUACCUCAGAGACCUUAGUUUGCCUAAACCAGAUAGAUGGGGAACUUCUCAAUUACUUGCUUGGUUGCAGCAGGUAUGAUAUUGUUGCAUUUCUCUUUUGUGUUUUUAGUAAAGUAACUUUUAAUAAUAAUGUAUUAAUAUCACAUAGAACUGUUGUUUGUGGUGAUAUUAAUAAUUUUCAUAUUGUAUUAAUCUCCUCUUAAUUAACCGGCACGUCAAAAU